GAUUUUUCAAGCUACAAAAGCUUCACUGUUUAUAGGUAUGGUCAAUUUGGAACGAAGGUGAGAUUAAUGGUCUGGUAGAUCCUGAGAUCUUUGACCAACUCUAUGAGAAAGAAAUACGCAAAUGCGUUCACAUUGGGCUUUUGUGUGUUCAAGAAGCUGCUAAUGAUAGGCCAAGUGUUUCUACAGUGUGUUCUAUGCUCAGCAGCGAGAUUGUAGACAUUCCAGAACCGAAACAACCUGCUUUUAUAUCUAGGAACGGUGUUCCAGAAGCUGAGUCCUCCGAGAACAGUGACCCUCACGCCUCUAUUAACAAUGUCACUAUUACCGAUGUCACAGGGCGUUAGAACCUGCAGAAACCAAACUAUAUGUGUAAUUCUCAAAGCUCUUUAAGCAUUGCCAGAGAAUAUAUCAUCUAUCUAUAGAGAGAGCUAUGUCUCAUAGCUCUAGUAAUGUACAAAAGCUCUGUUUCAUGAUGUCAAAAAAAAACUCUGAAACGAAUUCUCACUGUACGUCUGUACGAAAUCAAAUAUGUAAAAAUCUCUUAAGCUUUAGUUAGUCCUUGUAGGAGGUAUUUGCUUCUUUUCUGAACAGUUCCACUUGACUUACCUUUCAGUAUUUCAGUAUUUGGAUUUUUCUCUUGAGAAUUUAAUUCUCACCACACCAUCAGCUACCAGUGUUAAAUGCUACAUUCAAUGCUGAGCUCUUGCUAUUUAGAUCUUUGUUGAGUUUGGCUAUUUUUUGUAAACGAUAUUACACAAAGCUUUAUCCAAAAGUAGGAAGUUUCUGUUCUUGAGUGGACAGAACUAAAGAUAUGGGACUUCAUCAGAGCUUGACUUGUUUUGUUCUUGUUCUUGCACUGUCUUGCUUCUUCUUAAGUGUCUCUCUAGCUCAUGAAAGAGCUUUCUUUUCGGGAAAGCUCAAUGACUCUGAGACUAUAGUCUCCAGCUUCCGCACGUUCAGGUUUGGUUUCUUCAGUCCUAUUAAUUCCAAAAGUCGAUAUGCUGGUAUAUGGUAUAACAGAAUUUUUAUACAAACUGUGAUAUGGGUUGCUAACAAAGAUAAACCGAUCAAUGACUCCUCUGGAGUUAUUUCGGUAUCUGAAGAUGGAAAUGUCGUUGUUACUGAUGGUCAGAGGCGUGUUCUGUGGUCAACUAACGUCUUUACUCGAAUCCGUGCCAAUUCUACUGUCGCUGAGCUUUUGGAUUCAGGGAACCUCGUGCUAAAAGAGGUGAAUACAGAUGCGUAUCUUUGGGAGAGCUUCAAGUAUCCUACUGAUUCUUGGUUGCCAAAUAUGUUGGUUGGGAUAAACGAAAGAACCGGAGGAGGAAACGCCAUGAUAACUUCUUGGAGAAACCCUUCAGAUCCGUCGCCGGGGAACUACACUGCUGCACUCGUUCUUGCUGCAUGUCCUGAGCUCUUUAUUUUUAACAAUAAUAACAACAAUGCUACAGUGUGGCGAAGUGGCUCGUGGAACGGCCAGAUGUUUAAUGGUAUACCAGAUGUAUAUCCGGGGGUCUUUCUUUAUAGAUUCAUAGUUAGUGAUGACAGCAAUGGAUCAGUCACCAUGUCAUAUGCUAAUGAUUCAACUUUGAGAAACUUCUACAUGGAUUACAGAGGAUAUGUGAUCCGGAGAGAUUGGAGUGAGGCUAGAAGAAACUGGACGGUCGGAUCGCAAGUUCCGGCAAACGAGUAUGACAUUCACAGCCGAUGUGGCCAUUUUGCGUCUUGCAAUCAUCGAAAAAGCCCGCUUUGUUCUUGCAUUAGAGGGUUUAAGCCAAAGAACCUUAGAGAGUGGAACAAUGGAAACUGGACUGGUGGAUGCGUAAGAAAGGUCAUUUUGCAGUGUGAAAGACAGAACAAUAAUGGGAGUGCUGAUUGGUUUUUCACGCUGCAGCGAAUGAAAUUGCCUGACUUUGCAAGCAGAUCUGAAUUCAGCGAACCAGAAUGCUUAAAGACUUGUUUGCAGACAUGUUCUUGUAUAGCUUUUGCUCAUGGCUUAGGAUAUGGCUGUAUGAUUUGGAAUGGAAGCUUAGUUGAUUCACAGGAGUUGGAUGCUCGUGGAAUGGAUCUUUCUAUCCGUCUUGCACAUUCAGAAUUCAAAACACAGGACAGGAGACCAAUUUUGAUUGGUACAUCGUUGGCAGGCGGUAUUACUGUUUUGGCAGUUUGUGUCCUUCUGGCACGAAGUAUUGUCAUGAAGAAAAGAGUGAAAAAGAAAGGAACAGAUGCAGAGAAAAUGUUUAAAAGAGUGGAAGCUUUAGCUGGUGGUAAUAAAGAAAAGUUGAAAGAGCUACCAUUGUUUGAGUUUCAAGUGUUAGCUGCAGCAACUGAUAACUUCUCUCUUAAAAAUAAGCUCGGACAAGGAGGUUUUGGUCCUGUUUUCAAAGGUAAGUUACAAGAAGGGCAAGAAAUUGCUGUGAAGAGACUGUCACAAGCAUCAGGACAAGGGCUUGAGGAACUUGUUACUGAAGUAGUUGUGAUUUCCAAGUUGCAACAUCGAAAUCUGGUGAAAUUGCUUGGCUGCUGCAUUGCAGGAGAAGAAAGGAUGUUAGUCUAUGAGUUCAUGCCAAAGAAAAGCUUAGACUUUUAUAUAUUUGAUCCAAGGCAAGCAAAACUUCUUGAUUGGAAGACAAGGUUUAACAUAAUCAAUGGAAUAAGUAGAGGUCUCCUGUACCUUCACAGGGAUUCUAGGCUGAUAAUCAUUCACAGAGAUCUGAAAGCUAGUAACAUCUUGUUAGAUGAAAAUCUGAUUCCGAAAAUAUCCGAUUUCGGGUUGGCCAAGAUUUUCCUAGGGAAUGAAGAUGAAGGAAACACUCAACGGGUCGUUGGAACAUAUGGCUAUAUGGCACCUGAGUAUGCAAUGGGAGGACUGUUUUCAGAGAAAUCUGAUGUUUUCGGCUUAGGAGUGAUACUCUUAGAGAUUGUCAGUGGAAGAAGAAACUCACAUUCAACUCUAUUACCCUAUAUAUGGUCAAUCUGGAACAAAGGGGGNAGAAUUCAGUUAAGUAGACUUCUCUCAUAUUACUACUUUAGUGUGAUUGUAGUUUUACUAAUUCUGCUAAUUCUUUCCAAUUCUCAAUAGAAACACAGGACAGGAGACCAAUUUUGAUUGGUACAUCGUUGGCAGGCGGUAUUACUGUUUUGGCAGUUUGUGUCCUUCUGGCACGAAGUAUUGUCAUGAAGAAAAGAGAUCA